AGACCUGCUCUCAUAGGGAUAUAAAGAUUUGCAGACAUGAGUAAUUCUGACUAUCUGGCAACGUAGCAUAUACGUGACAACUCAUUUGACGUUUCGAAUUGCGUACGUCAAAGAAUCCCCGGGCCAGGGCAGAAUGUCCAGCUGAUUUUUAAAGGUUGGAAGUGUGUUUUAAGCGAGAGCCAGGGUGCUGAUUUAAUGCCUCUUAUUAAUAAUUUAGGGAUGAAUACAAGGAAAAUCAUCAAGGCAUCCAGUGAAGUUAUCAAAGUGCGAAUGUCGAUGUACAUCCGGCAUAACCGGACAUAAAUUAUUCGACUUAAUUGCAUUUAAGAAAAUAUUUGUAAAAGUUUAACCAGUGAUCGACAUUAUGUCGGAGCCAGUGGAGCCCCCCAAAGAGUCCCUCAGCUCGUUCGUGGAAAAAACCAGCACGAAAUGUAGAGAGUACGACAAAAUCUUGGGCAGAAACGCCCUGAUCGCCCCCACCGAACAACAGUACGACUUAUUAAUGAAAAGGAUGAGGCAGCAGCUCGGAGAGGGCCGAGGCGAAGUCAUUUUGGAGAUCGGUGCCUCCGAUGACGGUACAGACAACGGUUUGUUAGAAGACGAACUGGAGGCUGCCGUGGCGACUCUACAGUCCCUCGCGGACAGUUUACAGUGCAGUUGCGUAAAACUCCGCGAAAAAAAAGAGCCCCGCGGCUUAGUCGUGCAAUAUCUGAUCAGGCGGGUGCUGGACCAGUCGGAUUUCCUGGAGAUCCGGGUGGCCGUAGUAGGGAACGUCGACGCGGGCAAAUCCACCCUAUUGGGGGUCUUAACGCAUGGGGAGUUGGAUAAUGGCAGGGGUACCGCUCGGAUGAAACUUUUCAGGCAUAAACACGAGAUGGAGAGUGGUAGGACCAGUUCGGUGGGAAAUGACAUUUUGGGGUUCGACGGCGAAGGAAAUGUGGUAAAUAAGCCCGAGCACGGGGCAUUGGAUUGGGUGAAAAUUUGCGAGAAAAGUUCCAAAGUGAUUACGUUUAUCGACCUGGCGGGGCACGAGAGGUACUUGAAAACGACCGUUUUCGGUAUGACCGGACACGCACCGGAUUUCGGGAUGCUUAUGGUGGGCGCGAAUGCGGGGAUAAUCGGGAUGACGAAAGAACACUUGGGUUUAGCCCUGGCCCUUUCCGUGCCCGUGUUUGUGGUGGUGACGAAAAUCGACAUGUGCCCCGCCAAUGUGCUGCAGGACAACCUAAAAAUGCUCGUGAGGAUCCUAAAGUCGCCCGGGUGCCGUAAGGUGCCCGUCAUGGUGAAAACCCCCGACGACGUGGUGCUCAGCGCGACCAAUUUCGUUUCUGAACGGCUCUGCCCGAUUUUCCAGGUGUCGAACGUCACGGGGGAGAACCUCGGGAUCCUAAAGACUUUUUUGAACUUGUUGACAACGAAAAUGGAGUAUCACGAAAACGAACCGGCGGAGUUUCAGAUCGACGAUACGUAUUCGGUUCCUGGUGUAGGUACCGUGGUAUCGGGCACCACCUUAAAGGGGGUAAUAAAACUAAACGACACCCUGAUGUUAGGCCCGGACCCCUUGGGCCAUUUCGUCCCAAUAACCGUCAAAAGCAUCCACCGGAAACGGAUGGCCGUCAAGGAAGUCAGGGCCGGACAAACGGCCAGUUUUGCCCUAAAAAAGGUGAAAAGAUCUCAGAUCCGUAAAGGGAUGGUGAUGGUGUCGCCACUGUUAAACCCGCAAGCGUGUUGGGAGUUCGAGGGGGAAAUUUUGGUGUUACACCAUCCGACCACCAUCAGUUCCCGAUAUCAAGCGAUGGUCCAUUGCGGCAGUAUUAGACAAACGGCGAGCAUAAUGUCGAUGUCCAAGGACUGUCUGAGGACCGGGGAUAAGGCGUUGAUUCAUUUCAGGUUCAUAAAGCAUCCCGAGUAUAUUUCGCCCGGGCAAAGGAUGGUUUUCAGGGAGGGAAGGACAAAGGCGGUGGGAAAUGUGGUGAGAAUCUUAACUCAGGCCUCCCCGACACACCAGGGACCCAAAUCCAAGCAAAACAAACAGCAACGCUACGGACAAGGACAACAGAAAAACCAUCGAGGGGGGCGCGACAAGGAUAACAACGGGACAGAGAGUGCGAUAGUAGUAGAUCCAGAAGAAAAGGAGAAUUUCCUACUACAAGCCUCGGAACAACAACAACAUCAUCAGCAGGAUGACAAUAACGUCGAAGUGGGCCCCGAUAAACGUGACGGGGGCGCGAAAAGGGGGCGGAGCCGUCGCGGGGGACGAGGAAGGGGCGGCCCCAAUAAACCGGGCGUCGACGGUGCGUCGGUGGGGUCGCCGGUGCACGUCGCGACGCCCCGUACCGUCGCCAAGGUGCAAUAAUCGUGAGGUUAAUUCGAGUUGUAAUAAUAUAGUGACAGUUUUGGUUCCUUUUGAGUAUGUUUUUUUGUUAGCAAUAAGCCCCGGAAAUUGGCAGAAAAUUGUAGAUUUUAAGCAGUGGCGUUCAGUAUUUUUUGGAAUUAAUUAAAAAUUUGACUUUCA